AAUAUCAGCUUGCACUCACCCUAUGACAUACAGAGAUACAACUCAAGAAUCAGAGCCAUCAACACCGAUUGUAAUGAUUUCUGCUGAACAUGAACGUUCUGACUGUCAUUCGCAUCUUUUAAACAGUACCAAAUUUGUGAUACGACUUUCAACGACGCGACGCGCACGUGGCAUACACGGUCACGUGCAUUAAUAGUUGGAAUUAAUGGUUGCCGCGUGGCCUGCGCCUCCUUAGACCCGUUCUCCUACCUCUGAAGCUCGUUUACGCCAUUUUACGAUCUCAUAAUGCAGAUGAACAGACCCAGAGAGAGCCUUCUGUCACUCUUUGACCCGCUUGCGAAUCCCACAACGCCCGAACGCAAUACUUCGUCGCCAGAUUCAUCCUCAGACAAGGAGAACGAUGGACCGGGUCAAGUCACGGUGUUCUUCAAUCGCAUCUACACCAAACCACCGCAGGCAUCUGUAAAUACACCGAAGGGGAGGUUGAUUGACUUUGGAGACGUGACUGCGUGCUACAGCGACGGAGAGGGCGACGUGUCGAUGGACUGCGGAAACGAGAGUCUGCAGGAGAAUAACACGAUAACGGAAGAUACGGAGAUGAAGGACGUGUUUUCGCACCAUAGGGACUCUCCUCUAUUUGCAAAUAGACAGCCUUUGGCAGACAUCAAGCUUGACGGAUUCAAGCGACGAACACCCACACCAGAAGGAGACACCGCCUGGUCUGAGGAGAAUACACCUGUUCCCUCUGUAACGGCUGCUCCUCGAGGAGACCCUCUCGCCGACGUGAUAAACUCGAUUAACCUAUCCGCCAUGACAAUCUCAGACGAAGAACCUUUCAGCGAUGUUCCUUCGUCGCCAGUCCACGCGUACCCCGAGAUUAAUAUCUCACCGCCGGAAGUCGAGAUUGCGCCUCCUACUCCUACGGACUCACCGGAACCCUCUCCUGCUAAGUUCGCUUCACCAAUGGCUAAUUCUAAUAUUGCAACUCCUACCUCGACAACCCGGCGUACCCAUCUCACCCCCGCAACGACAUCCUCAAGUGACCCACGCAGAAUCUCUGUAGAUUUACAAUCAUCCUUCCGCCUUCAACUCGGCUCUCCAGAAAUGUCAUUCGAUCUGCUCAACGACAAGAUCUCUUUCUUGGGUCAGAGCCAAGACUCGUUCUGGACUGCGGGCGACGAUGAUACGAUAGACUUUAAGAAGGAACAGGAAAAGAUGCUUGCCCUUGCGGAGGAGUACGAGAAGCUGAGCGAGGAGACGAUUCCUCCUCCCAACCCUGUCAGGCGUACUCCUCCCAAGUCCGGUUCACCACCUGCACUGCCGAGCAGUUCAAAGAAGUCUCCGCCAAGGGAGGAGCCACUUCGCAAACCCGUGUUUAGUUUGCCCGUGAAGGCUCCAGAAACAAAAAUGGAGCUCUGUAAAUUUUCCUCGCUUCCGUCGAGCCUUCCAGCUGAAGUGCCGCCUACGGAGACACCUUCGGUUCUGCAGCCUACUCCAGCAGCAUAUGUUGAUACUUCUCCUGGCGUGUCUGCAGGAGAAACCACUGUCGAGGAAAUCGCAGCGAAAUCUACUGAUAAACCUGCGUAUACUACACUGUCGGCUGCCCCUGCCCCUUCAAUCCCAGCCCUUCGAAUCGUCAAGAAAUCAUUCAGGAUUCAUGACCGGAACGCCUCAGCGUCCUCCAUGUCCAGCACCGGCACCGAUGUCUCACGGCCCAGUUCGAGCGCGAGCAGUAGUCGCAGCGCCUCUCGGACUGGCAUGACGUCUCCAGACCUCGUGCCUCAGGUUGCACAGGAACAGACAAAGAAAGUUACUGAAGUCGUAGCAGCCGCCAGACCGAAGCCCGUCGUACGAGGAUUACAACGCCCGCCUCCUGGAGCGAUGCUUCCCCCUUCUAAUCCUCCAACGACCACUCUUAACAGGCUACGAGCCGGUAUCACUAUGAUUAAGCCAACGCAAGCAGAGGUCAAACCAAAGUCAAUGGGCGUAACUCGUUCCGCCUCGACGAACUCGACUAUAUCUAGGUUUACCGGGAUCCAACGUCCGUCUGCGAGUUCGAGUGUUCCUAGGAGCACUUCGGGUGGUACUACAGGGUUGGCAUCUCGGUUGCCCUCGAGUUCCUCGGGUACUACGGUUAGUGGAAUCCGACCUCCCACUCGCAUUGCAGCUCCUUCUACGAUGCGGUCUAACCUCCCUCAGCCUCCUCGAUUCUCCUCCACUUCUAGAAUCGCCACUGCAGCUACCGGUUCCACUACAUCCAGCUUGAAGAGUGGGAGUAGCAAGCUGCCUGGGGGUACUGUUCGGAAGGUCUUUUGAAGCAUCGCGGAAUGGGGGAAAUGCAAGUGAAAGAAUGUCUCACCGUUGUUCGUCGUUGUGAUUUGAUUGAGGUAUUGCUAUCGAGUUUAAUUUCUUCCUAAUCUUCCAACACUAUUGUUACGCCACACCACGCAUCCACUUUUCUGUGUUCAUGGUCGUUGUCAUAUGACUUCAUUACCACAUUCGCCUUUCCAAGCUUCUUUUCUUCCGUUCACAUGGGUCCAUCUAUACAUGCACAUAGCUAUCGCCACAUUCGCAUUAACAUCAAAGAUAUUGUUACCUCAGGCUAUUCAUCGCACGCUAACAUGUCUUUUCUUUAUUCAAUCACUCUCGCAGUCCUUGCGCAUUCAUCUACAAUCAUGUUAUUACGCUGUUCAUAAAUAUUUCCAUGUGACUCGUAUGCAGUUUAUUGUUCCACUC